UCCGGAAGUCUUCGUCCUGCAGCCGCUUGUUUUACUUCGUUACCGGGUUUACCGGGUUCUAACGGGUUCUACCGGGUUUACCGGGUUCUAACGGGUUCUACCGGGAGCACAGCAGUGUGAUCACCGGAGCGGAACACCUGCCGGCACCGGGAACUCACGAGGCUCAGCGGCUCCCCGAAGCGACGCCGAACAAACUGACCGACACCUGUGCGCGCGCACCGGGGACACCUGUCCGCGCGCACCGGGGACACCUGUCCGCGCGCACCGGGGUUCUGUCUCACCUGCAGGAUUGAAAAGAACCUUUGAUGGGACCGACUGCACGAGCGUAGUUAGUUCUCGAGCCGGACGAUGUCUGUGAACGAGCUGUACACACAGUUCACGCGGGUCUGGAUCCCCGACCCCGACGAUGUGUGGAGAGCUGCAGAGAUCGUCAGAGAUUAUAAAGAAGGAGAGCCGGUGCUCCACCUCAAGCUGGAGGAUGAGACGCCUCUGGAGUACCCGGUGGGUCCGAAGAGUAACCCCCUUCCUUUCCUGCGUAACCCCGACAUCCUGGUGGGAGAGAACGACCUCACGGCUCUCAGCUACCUCCAUGAACCUGCAGUCCUCCACAACCUCAAGGUCCGCUUCCUGGAGCCCAACCACAUCUACACCUACUGCGGGAUCGUGCUGGUGGCCAUCAACCCGUAUGACCAGCUGCACAUUUAUGGAGAGGAGGUGAUCCGGGCCUACAGCGGUCAGAACAUGGGUGACAUGGACCCGCAUAUAUUCGCUGUGGCUGAAGAGGCCUACAAGCAGAUGGCCAGAGACGAGAGGAAUCAGUCGAUCAUCGUGAGCGGAGAAUCCGGAGCAGGAAAGACGGUUUCUGCAAAGUACGCCAUGCGGUUCUUCGCCACGGUGGGAGGCUCGGCCAGCGACACUAACGUGGAGGAGAAGGUUCUCGCCUCCAGUCCCAUCAUGGAGGCCAUCGGAAACGCCAAAACCACUCGAAACGACAACAGCAGCCGCUUUGGGAAGUACAUCCAGAUCGGCUUCAGCAGACAUUACCACAUCAUCGGAGCCAACAUGAGGACAUACCUGCUGGAGAAGUCCCGGGUGGUGUUUCAGGCUGAAGAUGAGAGGAACUAUCACAUCUUCUACCAGCUGUGUGCCUCCGCCAGCUUACCAGAGUUCAAAGACCUCAGCCUCACCAGUGCAGAAGAUUUCACCUUCACGUCUAUGGGAGAGAACAUCUUCAUCGAAGGAGUGAACGAUGCUGAAGACUUGGAGAAGACCAAAGAGGCCUUCACACUGCUGGGGAUAAAGGACGGCAGUCAGAGCAGCAUUUUCAAAGUGGUCGCCUCCAUCCUUCAUCUGGGAAACAUCGAGAUAUGCGCGGAGCGAGACGGAGAGUCCUGUCACGUCUCGAGAGACAACCUCCACCUGAAGCACUUCUGCAGGCUGCUGGGGGUGGAGCUGCAGCAGAUGGAGCACUGGCUCUGUCACAGGAAGCUGGUCACCGCGUCCGAGACGUACGUGAAGAACAUGUCGACCAAGCAGGCGGAGAACGCCCGCGACGCGCUCGCCAAACACAUCUACGCUCGCAUGUUCGACUGGAUCGUAGAGCACAUCAACAAGUCUCUGCACACCUCCUCCAAACAGCACUCCUUCAUCGGAGUCCUGGACAUCUACGGCUUUGAGACGUUCGAGGUGAACAGCUUCGAGCAGUUCUGCAUCAACUACGCCAACGAGAAGCUUCAGCAGCAGUUCAACUCUCAUGUGUUUAAGUUGGAGCAGGAGGAGUACAUGAAGGAGCAGAUCCCCUGGACUCUGAUAGACUUCUACGAUAACCAGCCGUGCAUCGACCUGAUCGAGGCCCGACUCGGCAUCCUGGACCUGCUGGACGAAGAGUGUAAAGUGCCGAAGGGGACGGACCAGAACUGGGCCCAGAAGCUCUACAAGCAGAACUCCAGCAGCGCUCACUUUCAGAAACCUCGUAUGUCCAACAUCUCCUUCAUCAUCAUACACUUCGCUGAUAAGGUUGAGUAUCAGUGUGACGGCUUUCUGGAGAAGAACAGGGACACCGUGUACGUGGAGCAGAUCAACAUCCUGAAGGCCAGCCAGUUUCAGCUGGUUGCAGAUCUGUUUCAUGACAAGGACGACGUCGCCCCGAAGUCCUCCAGAGUCAACGUCAGAGCGGCCAAGACGACUCCAAGGGCCCCCAACAAAGAGCACCGGAAGACCGUGGGACACCAGUUCCGCAGCUCUCUCCACCUCCUCAUGGAGACCCUGAACGCUACGACUCCUCACUACGUCCGCUGCAUCAAACCCAACGACUUCAAGGAGGCGUUCUCGUUCGAUUCCAGACGAGCGGUGCAGCAGCUCAGAGCCUGUGGAGUCCUGGAGACGAUCCGGAUCAGUGCAGCCGGGUAUCCGUCCAGGUGGACGUAUCAGGACUUCUUCAACAGGUAUCGAGUGCUGAUGAAGAAGUCCGACAUGACGUCAGCUGACAAGAAGCUGGUGUGCAAGAACCUGCUGGAGAUUCUGAUCAAGGAGCCCGACAUGUUCCAGUUCGGUAAGACGAAGAUCUUCUUCCGGGCGGGACAGGUGGCGUACCUGGAGAAGCUCCGGGCCGACAAGUUCCGCUCGGCCUGCAUCAAGAUCCAGAAGACGGUCCGCGGCUGGCUGCAGAGGGUUCGAUACCGCAAGAUCCGCAAGAUGGCCGUCACGCUGCAGAGAUACGGCCGAGGAUACCUGGCCCGCAGACACGCUGACUUCCUGCGUCAGACCCGAGCCGCCCUCAUCUGUCAGAAACAGUUCCGCAUGGUGAGAGACAGACAGGCUUAUCUGAGGGUGAGACAGGCUGUGGUCACCAUCCAGGCCUUCACCAAAGGGAUGUUCACCCGCCGGAUCUACCAGGAGUUCAUGCUGCACCACAAGGCCAUGGUGAUCCAGAAGACGGUCCGUGGCUGGCUGCAGAGGAAGAAGUUCAGACGGGCGCGGGAUGCCGCCGUCACGAUCCAGUGUGGCUUCAGACGCGUCAGGGCCAAGAGACAGCUGCAGCAGCUGAAGAUCGAAGCUCGCUCCGCCGAACACCUGAAGAAGCUCAACACCGGCAUGGAGAACAAGAUCGUACAGCUGCAGAGGAAGAUGGACGACCAGUCCAAAGAUCUCCGCACUCAGAACGAGCAGCUGCUGCAGGUGAACACCGGUUUGGGCUUGGAGAUGACCAAGCUGCAGAAGCAGCUGGAGCAGGUGAAGAGUCGGCAGGUGGGAGGAGCUCAGAUUGCCUCUAUGCAGGAGGAGCUGGAACGGCUGAGGGAGGAGCUGCAGGAGGCGUUGGCCCAGAGGAAAAAGAUGGAGGAGGAGCACGGCACCGAGAAGAUGGGGCUCCAACAGAGGGUGGAGGAGCUGGAGAAAGAAAACGCUCUGCUGAAGAGCGAGAAAGAAGAGAUGAACCAGAGAAUUCUACAGCAGACCAAGAGCUCUGGAGAGAACAUCAGCGAUGCGUCUCAGAAGGAGAAUUCUCUCCAGAAGGAGAUGGAUGCUGAGAGGCAGCGAUACCAGAAUCUGCUCAAAGAGUUCGCCAGAGUGGAGCAGAGAUACGACAACCUGAAGGAGGAGGUGUCUCUGAGCAAGUUCCAACCCGGCCACAGGAGGAACCCGUCCAAUCAGAGCAGCCUGGAGUCGGACUCCAACUACCCGUCUGUCUCCACCUCUGAGGUGGGAGACACAGAGGACUCCAUCCAGGAGGUGGAGGAGAUGGGAGUGGAGAAGGCGGCGAUGGACAUCAGUCUGUUCAUGAAGCUGCAGAAGAGAGUCAGAGAGCUGGAGCAGGAGAGGAAGAGGCUGCAGGUCAACCUGGACAAGAUGGAGGAGAUGGCCAAGCGCAGGGGCUCUGAGUCCAGGAGCUCCACCUCCGAGCAGGAGAUGGCUGAUCUGGCCUACAACAACCUGAAGAGACAGGAGCUGGAAUCAGAGAACAAGAAACUGAAGAACGACCUGAACGAGAUGAGGAAGACCAUCGCUGAGCGUGCUUCUAAGAACAAUUCCUCCAAUGAGCUUCAGGACGGCUACAACCUGCUGCUCAGCCAGCUCAAAUCGGCCAAUGAAGAGCUGGACGCUCGAAAGGAGGAGGUCCUCAUCCUGAGGACUCAGAUAGUCAGCGCUGCCCAGCAACGGGAGAACAACGACCAGAUAGAAAGCAGUAAAGUUCCUGAACUGGAUAACAGCAACGAGCCGGUGGAUAAAGAGGAGGCUCUCAAAGCGUAUCACGGACUGUGUGAGUCCAAAAACACACGGCAGGACUGGCGUUAUCUGAAUGAAGACGGAGAGCUGGGUUUGGCUUACCAAGGCCUCAAACAAGUGGCCAGGCUGCUGGAGGCUCAGCUGCAGACUCAGAGCCGACAGCACAAAGACGAGCUGGAGGCUCUGCACACGCAGAUCGAGCUGCUGAGAGACGACAUCGAGAAGAAGCAGGAGAUCCUGAACUACACGGCCUCACUGUCUCCAGAGGCUCAGGUGGAGUACAGCAUCCAGCAGGAGAUCACCAGGCUGACCAACGACAACCUGGACCUGAAGGAGCUGGUGGAGAAACUGGAGAAGAACGAGAGGAAGCUGAAGAAGCAGCUCAGGAUCUACAUGAAGAAAGUCCAGGAGUUAGAAGUGUCUCAGGCUGCAGCUCAGACCAGCAGGUCCAGACCUGAACUGAGCCGUCAGGUGACGGUCCAGAGGAAAGAGAAGGACUUUGAGGGGAUGCUGGAGUACUACAAGGAGGACGAGGCCCUGCUGUUCAGAACUCUGAUCUCAGACAUCAGGCCGAACACCGUGUCGGCCACCGUUCCCUGUCUGCCGGCUUACAUUCUCUUCAUGUGCAUCCGUCACGCCGACUACAUCAACGACGACCAGAAGGUGGAGUCUCUGCUCACCUCCACCAUCAACGCCAUCAAGAAGGUCCUCAAGAAGAACAACGAUGACUUUGAGAUGACGUCCUUCUGGCUCGCCAACACCAGCCGUCUGCUUCACUGUCUGAAGCAGUACAGCGGUGACGAGGUGUUUAUGACUCAGAACACCGGUAAACAGAACGAUCACUGCCUGAAGAACUUCGACCUGGCGGAGUACCGACAGGUGCUCAGCGACCUCUCCAUCCAGAUCUACCAGCAGCUCAUCAGGGUGGCCGAGGGAAUCCUCCAACCCAUGAUAGUGUCGGCCAUGUUGGAAAGCGAGAGCAUCCCCAGCCUGGCGGGCGUGAAGCCGAUGGGCUACAGGAACCGCUCGUCCAGCAUGGACACGGACGCCGGCGGCCCCAGCAGCUACACCCUGCAGGCCCUGAUCCGGCAGCUGGGACAGAUCCACAGCACCAUGCAGGACCACGGUCUGGACCCGGAGAUCGUGGGUCAGGUGGUGCGGCAGCUCUUCCACUGCAUCAACGCCGUCACCCUCAACAACCUGCUGCUGCGCAAAGACGUGUGCUCCUGGAGCACCGGCAUGCAGCUCAGGUACAACACCAGUCAGCUGGAGGAGUGGCUGAGAGGGAACAACCUGUUCCAGAGUAAAGCUGCAGCCGCUCUGGAGCCCAUCAUCCACGCCGCUCAGCUGCUGCAGGUCAAGAAGAAGACGACUCAGGACGCCGAGGCCAUCUGCUCGCUCUGCACCGCCCUCAGCACGCAGCAGAUUGUGAAGAUCCUGAACCUCUACACUCCUCUGAACGAGUUUGAGGAGAGAGUCACCGUGUCGUUCAUCAGGAGCAUCCAGAACCGUCCUCAGCAGAAAAGUGAUCCUCCUCAGCUUCUGAUGGACACCAAACACGUGUUCCCCGUCCUCUUCCCGUACACGCCGUCUGCUCUCAGCCUGGAGACGCUGCACAUCCCCGCCUCCCUCGGCCUCGACUUCCUCAUCCGGGUCUGAAGGACCUGCUUCACAUCCACUUCUAGUAAACUGACCACACAUCAGCUUUAAAACAGUCUGUAUCUACCACAAUCUGUCCGACAUCUUCAGACACAUUCACUUAGUUCAACCUUCAUGUGCUCAAAAAACUAAAACCCAGCAGAGAGGAUCAGAUCCACCGCUCUUCUUCUUCUGUUACAAACCGCUCACAGCAGAUCCUCCUUUGUCCUCUGACAGUAAACGUGACACGACAGGAAGUUAGAUGGACGUAAGUGAUAGAAGGAAGAGGAAGAGAGAAAAGAGUCUCAGUUGAUUCAUGAUCCACAAAUUAAAACAAAAUUUAGAAAUCUGUGUGAUGAGAUGAGUUUACAUCCACAAAGAAACAUAUUCUACACAAAGUUUGUAAUCAAUAACAUCUUCUUAUGAGGAGCUUCCUCUUCAUAUCAUUUACAGUUUGAUGAUCUUUGGGCCACAUUGUUGUUGUUUUUUCACAUUCUCUGAUCCACAAAUGUGUGUUGCGUUCAGGUGUCGAUGCAAAACUCAGAAGUCCAGAACUUUAGCACGUUCAUUGAUUUCAGUGUAGGAGAUCCUCCUCAUGUGCUCGGACUGUAAAUGAAUAUAAUAAUAUGUAAUACUUACAUGCAGAUAACUGACAUUGAUUCAUCUCUGGUGGAUAUGAAACAUCAUUUCUUGACAGUAGAGUUUCUCGUGGAUCACUGGAGGCUCAUUUCUCUCCAUGUUUCAUGUAAAUGAAUAAACGAAGCGUAUGAAGUGAGGACGUUCGUUUACAGGAACAUGACUCAUCAUCGGUCGGGGUUAUUAAAGGUCACUCUGCAGCCCUGAACACUUUUAAUCAAUCAAAAGUUAUCAAUGCUUUUUGCUGCUUUUCUUUUAUUUUCAUUUUGAUUAUUCUAAUUCUCUUUUCUUUUUAUAUUUCGGUGUAAAAUAAUUUUACUGUGACAUUUUCUAUCCCUUCAGCUCAUUUUGAGUUUAUUUUUCUUUCUUGUGUGAUUUUUGUGGUGACACUAAUUAAUAACUAUAAUACUAAAUACUCAAAUCCAACACUGACAGGUUUACUGCUGACUCAAACCCAUGUGGCUUUAUGGGAUGAUGGAAGCUUCUAGUCUCUGAAUAAUCAUUUGCACUCAUAAUUAUUAAAACACUAAUUAUAAACAAGCUCAUUAUUUACUCUCUAAUUAUUAACAAGCUCAUUAUUAUCACUCUAAUUAUUAACACACUAUCUUUAGAUACAAACUGAAUCCUUUUCCAAGAGAAACAUCUUUUUAUGAAGUGACCCUGUAGUAAAGAUGAACCACUCGAGUUUGACGCUCAGAAGAACUUCACUGCAAAGUGUUUUUAUCUUUCGUGUGAAAAAUGUGGGAAGUUGAAUACAUUCAUGAUAGAAAUAAAUAAUAUAUAUUUUCAUAAGAUCAGUUCAGGAGCUCCACAUUUAACUUCACAGCAGCAGUUUUGUAUAAUAGUAAACAUUUUCAGUGAAGUUCUUCAGUUUGAAACUUUGAUGUAAAUGUUUUUUCUUUCUCUGAAUGAAGCACAAAGUAACUUCCUGUAUUUCAAAGAAUAUGUUUUGGAAACGAAGUAACUCACGAAUACAAAAGUUUGUCUGAUUCAUGAUUCCGUGUUCUGAAUCAUCUCGUCUUUAUCAUCAGAUGAUGAAUAAAUACUUUGUUUUUUCCAG